UGGCUCGUGCAGGCAUGUGGACCAACCGAGAUUGAUGCAAGAUGCCGAAGAUUACCCCCCAACCACCAUAUUCGCCUAUUCAUGAAAGGCAUUACUGGCCUCUCUCGUGUUAGCGGUGCCGAGCAUGCCCAAAUAUGCUGUUUCAUUCUCGGUGUCAUUAUUGAUGCUCGACUUCCCGGUAAUUUAUCUUCUGCGCGUCUUUUACGUGCAGUCCGCGGUCUCCUAGAUUUCCUCUACUUGGCACAGUACCCGUGCCAUAGUUCAGAGACAUUAUCUCUCCUCGACGAAGCUCUUGCCCUAUUCCACGACAACAAACAAAUAUUUGUCGACCUCGGUAUCCGGAAUCAUUUCAAUUUCCCUAAACUUCACGCCACUCGUCACUAUAUAUCAAUGAUUCAUUUGUAUGGCACGACGGAUAACUACAACACCGAGUACACUGAACGUCUUCAUAUAGACUUAGCUAAAGAUGCUUACCGCGUGACAAACCACAAAAACGAGUUUGCGCAAAUGACUCGAUGGCUCGAGCGCAAAGAGAAAAUCGUUCGCCAUGAGAAAUUUAUUCGGUGGCAACUCCACGACACUCCUUCUCACCAUCCUCGACCACUGGACCUAUCAUUUGACCGAACACAAACAUUGACAAAGCACCCAAGUGCUAGAGCUGUGUCUUUUCAACGUUUAAUCUCGGAUUACGGUGCCACUUACUUUCGCGAAGCACUCGCUCGAUAUGUCGCGCAACAAAACCAUUUAGACGAACCCCUCUCUCGUAGACGUCUCGAAGACCUCGCUGCAAAUGUACUCCUGCCAUUCCAUUCAGUGGCUGUAUACCAUAAGAUCAAGUGGCUAUCUGUUGACGCUCGAGGGCAUGGUGACCCACUCGUUACGGUAGAUAGUGUCCAUGUCAAGCCUCGUCGCACUGGCACUCGCCAACAAAAUGAUGCCCUACCUGCUCGUUUCGAUACAGCGCUUAUAAACGAUGGUACUGGUCAGUCUGUGGGUGUCGAAGGCUAUCGUGUUGGUCAGAUUCGUGCAAUUUUCUCGCUUCGAGAAAGACACGCACAGUCACUAUUCCCGCCGACAAAUCAACCUCCCAAACACCUCGCUUACGUGGAGUGGUUUACUCCAUUUCCUUCGACACCAGAUUCAAGACAUGGCAUGUACAAAAUCACGCGUCUUGUUCAUUCAGGUGAGCGAGUUGCUAGCAUAAUCCCCGUUUCGAAUAUUUCCCGCAGUAUACACCUUAUCCCGAAGUUUGGACCGGUUGCACCUCGUCACUGGACGAGCAACAACGUCCUCGAGCAAUGCAGUACAUUUUUUGUUAAUUGUUACAAAGAUAGACAUAAUUUUGUGACCCUUAGGUAG